AAGAAGAAGAAGAACGCCCUCUCGAAGCUCGAAGGAAUGAAGAGGGUCGCUCUCGCUUGGCUAUGCCUACUAUCAGUAGCUGAGAUCUCGCUGCUGCAGUCAGCAGCAAUGGCGGGUCCGUCGGAGGCUUCCGCCAUGAGCCCGUCUCGGCUCGAGGCCCGAGCUGCCAUCCGAUCGCGCAAGCUGGUCUCCGAAUCCCCGGCCGAGCCUGCCUCUAGCGUCGCCGGGCCGUCGGAAGAGAACGAAGGGUCCCCCCGCGCGGCGGCGGCUGCUGAAGUGCCGUUGGGAGCGGAGGCUGUUGCUGAAACGGUGGUGGCGACGACGAAGCACAGGUCCUCGGAUAAGUCCGUGGCCGGCGGAGGGGUCAUCAUCGGAGGCCUGGUGACCGCCAUUUUCGCCGCGGUGUUCUGCUACAUCAGGGUCACCCGGAAGAGAGACGGCGUCCCUCGUUGAGCUCUUGCUCAACGCGAGUUCUCGUUGUGCGUGAAGAGAAAAAAGGUAUAGCGGUUUAGGAGAUAGGUACGACGACGAAGCUUUAGCUUAGUGACGGGUUACGGGGUUGGAGAAAUUCGUAUAUGCUUUGGAUUGAUUAAAAAAAUCUUUGAUGAUCAGUUUGUGAAUGGAUGAGUUUGCUCAUGAAAUUCGAUCAGACCAUCGGCUGGAGGAGGCAGUCGAUUUCACUUUCCUAAUUCAAAUGCGCGACUCGCUUUAAUCCGGAAAUCAACAUCAUCAUCAUC